AUGCUGCAUGAGAUUAAAAGCCUUGUCAUGGAGGAACCAAAGUAUUUGCUGGAUGUUAUUUCUAUUUGAACAAACCUUCGUGGGAGCAAGGGGGAAAAGGAGGGUGUUUCUCAAGAAAACCCAUUGCCUGAAGAAGAGACAAAUAUUGUAGCUAAAAGGCAGAAAAGAGAACAAGUGAAAAAAACGUCUGAGGAAUACCAAGUGGAACCUGGAGAGAGGUAUGUGGUACCAGAGAAGAAGAAUGACCAGGGUUUCCUUAGAAGCAAGACUUUAUUAGAAGACCCAUCCAAAAGCAGUUGAGAGGAACCUAUUGCAAACGACUUCAGUUUCAGAGUUUCUUGUCAUUGUAGUGGAGCAGUUGCCAAAACACUUACUUCACAGGAGAUUGGAAGAGCCAUUGGCAUAGGACUGAUGAAGCAGUUUGGGUGGCGGGCUGAUCUGCGGAACCCCAGUCUGGAGGUCUUCAUACAUCCUAAUGACAUGCAUUUUUUGGUGGGGAUUCCUCUUUUCAGGCUUCCAUGGGCAAACUGAGAGUACAUCAGCACAGCAGGACUGUGGUCAACAAUUGCAUGGGCCAUGGCAUCGCUGGCUGAAAUCAGGUCUGCACUGGCAUUGCUGUUGCCUUCAGAAAGCUUUGAACUGAUUUCAGAUAUUCCAUUUGGGAAGAAGUUCAAGAUCACAAAAGACAUCCAGCUUCUACCAGAUAUUCUCCAGGAAAUGGAGAGAGUACUUCGUGUUGGAGGCACUAUUGUGUUGCUGCUGAGUAAAGAUCUCCACAACCGCAUGGAUGGCAUUACCAGGUGUGCUGAAAAUGAGCCUUCCAAUGCCAUUUCUGAAGGUGCAAGUGAAACCACCUCUGCAAAAGCCUUCAGUAUUGAUGGGAAUUCUUCCUCCGUGGUGAAUGGUGUUGAAGACUCCUUUCUCAGCAGCCAACAGAAACAUUUUGGGUCUCUGGUGCCAGAUGGCAUCUAUGGGGUUAGCCUGGGAAGGACAGAUGCUUUCAUACACAAAUACAGGAAGAUCUCUACUGCUGUGAAUUGGCAGCUCUCCUGCACAGUGCUGAAGUGAACCUGAAUCCUGAUACACUUGAAAAGCAGCAAGGCAGUGACCCAGUGGAACUCUGCUGAUCCAAAUGAACCCUGUGCCACUUGUUAGCUUACCAUGCUUUCUUUGGAUGUCCUAAAGUGUU